CUUUCCGGAUUAAUUGCAAUUGCGAUCCCACACCGAGCGCAUGCACACGCACGCACCACCAUAAUUUAGUUUCCCAGCCCAGUACGUACGGGUCGCCGUGCUCGCCCAACCAAGGCGCGCGCGCGGCUCUACUAGUACCGCCUGCUCCCGUCAUGGCCGCACCCGCGCUGGCCAAGCGCCCCUGCGACCACCCUACCACCUCCUCCUCCUCCUGCCGCGACACCAAGCGCCACCGCCCGAUCACCGCACCGGCGCCGCCCACGAUGGAGAGGCACGACGACGAAGCUGCUCCCUCGCCGUCGCCGUCGCCGUCGCAGCCGCUGCUCCCGGGCCUGCCGGACCACCUGGCCCAGCUCUGCCUCACCCCGCUCCCGCCGCGCCUACUCCACGCCGUGUGCCGCCCCUGGCGCCGCCUGCUCUACGCGCCCUCCUUCCCGCCCUUCCCCGCCCUCUACGCGCUCCUCGAGGACACCAUCAACGGCCACGCCCCCUCCUUCGCGGCCUACGACCCGAUCGCCGCCCGCUGGGACGCGCUCCCGCCGCCCCCCAUGCCGUCCCCGCCCCCGACGCUCUGCCACCCGUCCUUCCUCUCCCGCCGCCUCCCGCUCCAGUGCGUCGCCGCGGCGGGGCGGCUCGUGCUCGUCGCCGGCUCCACGCACUCCCUCCGCCCGGCGCUCCCCCGCCCGCUCGUCUUCGACCCGGCCGGCCCGCGCUGGCACGCCGGCCCGCGGGUCCCGCUCGCCCCGCGCAGGUGGUGCGCGGCGGGGGCGGCGCGCGGGCGGGUGUUCUUGGCCGGGGGCGUCGGCGCCGGGUACGACCUCGCCGUCGCGCGCUCCGGCGCGUGCUGGGACCCCGCGGCCGCGCCGUCGUCCGCGGCGUGGGAGCCGGCCCCGCCGCUGCGGGACGGGCGGUUCAGCCGGGACGCGGCCGAGGCGGUCUGCUCCCGCGGGAAGGUCUGCAUGGUCAGCCUCCGUGGCCGCGGCGCGAAGGAGGGUGCCGUCCUCGACCUCGACGAACGGCGGUGGGAGGACAUGCCGCCCGGGAUGCUUGCUGGGUGGAACGGCCCUGCCGCGGCGUCCCCGGACACCGGCGACGCGAUCUUUCUGGUGGACGAGGAGCUCGGAGCGCUCAACGCGUACGACUGGGAGGCGGACCGGUGGCGGACGGUGACCGAGGCCGAGCCGCUCAAGGGCGCGUCGGAGAUGGCGGCCGGCGGUGGCAGGGUGUGCGUCGUGGCGGACUGCGGCAAGAAGGUGGUGGUCGUGGACGUCACGACCACGGCUAAGGCGACGACGACGAGGAGAAACUCCACGUCAACGUCCACGGCGGCGCCGCGCAUGUGGGAGGUGGAGGCGCCGGAAGGGCGGCGGAUCGUGUCCCUGCACGUGCUGCCCAGGAUGACACGACCCGAUCAGUAGGCUUCCUCCCUCCCUUCCCGCCACGCCCACUGUACAAAAAACAAAGCCUCGGUCGAUCAGCGUUCACCUCCUCCGUUGACAUGAUUUUUGGCGAUCUCGCCGAGAUUUUGUUUGAUUUGAUUCCUGCGUGCUUAUGUUCAGGCUGGAACCAAGAUUUUUUGGAGGUGCAAGAUAGAUUUUCAGUUUUUGAUUCUUGCGUCCCUCUGUACUCCAGUUCUGUCGUCCAUAGAGCAAAAGCAGGGUUCGAUUUUUUGUUUUCUGGCGAGAUACUCCAGGUACACAUACAUACAAGGAUGAAAUGCAAUAAAAUGAAAUGAGAAAUGGACUGCCGCUAAACUGCAA